AUGAUUAGUCUGCUUCAAGUGUGUGGUGGAAAGUUCCUCACACGCAGCACCGUUCUCCAAGUUGCGAACAAAGCCUUCUAUUCCGCACAGAUGAGCAAACGCGUGGCCGUGGUUUUAGCAGGCUGCGGAGUCUACGAUGGCAGCGAAAUCCACGAAGCCUCCGCCAUUUUGGUGCAUUUGAGCAGAGGAGGCGCGAGUGUGCACAUGUUCGCCCCCGAUGUGGAACAAAUGCACGUCAUUAACCACGCGAAGGGCGAGCCCACUCAGGAGAAGAGGAACGUGUUGGUGGAGAGCGCCAGGCUGGCCCGUGGGAACAUCCGGGCUCUUUCUGAAUUGAAUGUCAAAGAUCAUGACGCCAUCAUCUUCCCAGGUGGCUUCGGGGCCGCCAAGAACCUGUGCACGUGGGCGGUGCAGGGUAAGGACUGCUCUGUCAACAGCGAGGUCAAAGCGGUUCUGGAGGCCUUCCGCGGCGAGGGCAAACCCAUCGGCCUCUGUUGCAUCUCGCCCGUGCUGGCCGCCAAAGUGUUUCCCGGAUGCGAGUUGACAGUCGGCCUGGAGAACGACGACAAGUACCCCAACACGACGGACACGGCGGCCGCCGUCAAGCAGCUGGGCUGCAAGCACGUGAGCGUCAACGUGAGCCAGAGCCACGUGGACGGCAAGAACAAGCUGGUGACCACCUGCGCUUUCAUGUGCGACGCACCCAUCCACGAGGUGUUCGACGGCAUCGGCUCCAUGGUGAAGGGGGUGCUCGAGCUCGCCUGA